UAUUAAAAGACCCUCCAUUAUUCGAACAUCUUAGAUAAGAGCCAUCUUUUCCAAACACCUCUCCUCCCCCCUUCCCCUUCCCCUCUCUGUUCUUCUUUCUUUUAUUUUCUUUUGCCUCCAAAACCCUCCAUUAGAAAGCCUCUUCUUCGUCUUCGUCUUCUUCUUCUUCUUCUUCUUCUUAAAGAUUACUCCUUUUUUCACACUCAAAUCCACUCUUAACAACAGAAAUGUUUGCAGCAGAAAAUGGUCUUAAAGGAGACCCCAGGCUUCAAGGCAUAUCUCAAGCCAUUCGAGUCGUUCCUCACUUCCCCAAGCCUGGGAUAAUGUUUCAAGAUAUUACUACGUUGUUGCUGGAUCAUAAGGCGUUUAAGGAUACUGUCGACAUUUUUGUAGAUCGUUACAGGGGAAUGAACAUUUCUGUUGUUGCUGGGGUAGAAGCCAGGGGAUUCAUGUUUGGCCCGUCAAUUGCCUUAGCCAUUGGAGCAAAGUUCGUUCCUUUACGAAAACCCAGGAAGCUUCCUGGUGAAGUGAUUUCAGAAGCUUAUGAUUUGGAGUAUGGAACCGAUUGCUUAGAAAUGCAGAUAGAUGCUGUUAAGACUGGUGAACGUGCAUUGGUUAUUGAUGAUUUGGUAGCCACUGGUGGAACAUUAUCGGCAGCAAUUAGGCUUUUGGAACGAAUGGGUGCUGAAGUAGUUGAAUGUGCUUGUGUUGUCGGAUUGCGCGAAGUUAAGGGACAGCGCAGGCUCAAUGGAAAGCCACUUUAUAUCCUUGUUGAGCCACGUCAAUUGGAUGGUUGUUUCUAAGGUGGGCGAGCGAUAUCUCUCGCAUCUGCUUAGGCUGAUAUUGAGAAGAUGAUGCUUGAGCAAACAGGCAGAGACAGAGACAAAGAGAGAGAGAGAGAGAGAGAGAGAGAGAGAGAGAGAGAUUUGAUUCCUGCAUCCAAAGUUUGAGCAGCAAUGAAUUGAAAGUGUUGGGUCCAUUGUACUAUUUUUUAGUGCUAAAUUAUCUUGUCCUUUCCCCAGGCUGUUAUUUCAACAAAAUCUUGAAUGAACAAACUAUUCUCAGAUUCUGAUAUUCAAAAAAA